AUGGCGGGUCGAGGCACCCCGUUCAGCCCGGAGCCCUCGUCCCGGUCGGAAGACUAUGGCGAAGAGUGGGCGCACGACCUGCGCAUUCGCUUCGAGGGUCUCCUGCGAGAUAAGCGCAUGAACGACUUGCGCUCCUGCUCUCGACACCACACGCCCGGGCACCAGUCUCCCGAUGCGGGCGAGCGAGCGCUCGGUGCCUGCGCAAGAGGCCAAGGGCCGGCCACCCCCUCACAAGGACAUGCCACGCCUCCUUCGUACUCGUGCAUCAGGCACCUCCCCAAGAUCCCGACGGCACCCGACGCGGCCGAUCGUGAUUCGCAAAAAUUCCGCAACCUCCUCAUCAGUCUGUCGUUGACGCCGACAAAGUACGAAAACCCUGGUCUACUCGACGAGGCUCUCCAGACCAUCCCCCUCGAUCGCAUCUACGGAGAAGCGGAGGAAGAGAGCCAAGUGAUGCAGGCCGAGGCCGAGAGCAUGGGCGACGGCCGCAAGCCCGAGUGGGGGUACCAGGACUGCGUGAUCCGAGCUCUCCUACGAUGGUUCAAGCGAUCGUUCUUUACCUGGGUGAACAACCCACCCUGCCCGGUCUGCCUGUCGCCCACCAUCGCCCAAGGCAUGACGGCCCCGACGCCCGAGGAGAGCGCGUGCGGUGCGCUCCGCGUCGAGCUCUACCGGUGCUCGGCCCAGAACUGCGGCGCCCACGAACGGUUCCCGCGAUACGGAGACGUCUGGCGACUGCUCCAGACGCGCCGCGGCCGGGUGGGCGAGUGGGCCAACUGCUUCGGCAUGCUGUGCCGUGCCGUCGGCGGCCGAGUCCGUUGGAUUUGGAACGCCGAAGAUCACGUCUGGACCGAGGUCUACUCGGACCAUCAGAAGCGAUGGGUCCACGUCGACGCCUGCGAGGAAGCCUGGGACAAUCCCCGGCUGUACACGGAAGGCUGGGGCAAGAAGAUGUCGUACUGCGUCGCCUUCUCCAUCGACGGCGCCACCGACGUGACCCGACGAUACGUUCGCAAGAGCGAGCAGGCCAACGAGCGUCACCGCUGCCCCGAGGAGGUGAUGCUCUACAUCAUGCAGGAGGUCAAGAACCUGCGCCGAGCCGACAUGAGCAAGGACGCGCGCUUCCGACUCGAAAAGGAGGAUCAGCAGGAGGACAAGGAGCUGCGGGGCUACGUUGUGGCCUCCAUCGCCCAAGCCGUCACCGACCUCGUUCCCGGCGCCUCCUCCGCCUCGUCGCACGCCCGCCGCCGCGCGGUUCCCUCGCCCAGCCAGGACGUGAAGCUGCCGGCGGAGCAGCCCGGACGACAGACGGGCUCCGCCGAGUGGAUGCUGGCGCAGCAGCAGGCCCGCCACGGGCAAUUUCGACCGCCCGGGGGCCCUCGCGAGCAACCAUGA